GGCGUAGUAUAAAUAAGUGCGGGUGACCUGUCAUCGUCACAUUCGACGGUCUAGCCUCUUCCUUGUAAGAACCCACCAACCCAAACACAUCAAAAAUGAAAUCCUUCGUCGCAUUCGCCCUCUUCGUGGCCGUCGCCGCCGCCAUCCCCGUCUCCCAGGACUCCAAGGACGCCGUCGUUCUUCGCUACGACAACGACAACAUCGGAGUUGAGGGAUACAACUACGCUGUUGAGACCAGCGACGGCAAGUCCGCCCAGGAACAGGGUCAGCUGAAGAACGUCGGCACUGAGAACGAGGCCAUCGAGGUCCGCGGUCAGUACUCCUACACCGGUCCCGAUGGCGUCGUCUACAGCGUCACCUACGUCGCCAACGAGCUCGGCUUCCAGCCCCAGGGAGCCCAUAUCCCCCAGGCUUGAAUCUAGUCCCACCACCCGACCUGCUAGUGAAUAAACGUUUUUGAUUUAGAA